GCGCCUACCAAGGGCUAAAAGUCGAGCCCAAAUCGGAAGCGAAGAUCCGGCCAUCCCGACGGACUCGCCCAACAGUCCGCUGCGUUUUAGCUCGCGAAGUCCAGCCGCCGCGCCGCCGCCGUGCGACAGCAGCCGAAAGGAGAGCGCCGGAGAAGCUCUUAGCACCAAUCUCCAAUACGCCGCCGCCGCGACCCUGCGAACGCCUCCAGCAACACUAUGGACUCGCCCUACGCCUACGCCGCGCCCGUCCAGGCGUCGCUAGGCGCACCACUCUUAGCUCCACCGUUAGUACCCGCGGCGGUCGCCACCAUGCCAGCGCCACAGAAAAAAACAGUAGCCAGACCGGGCACCGGACCGAAAAAACCCAAAAGACCGAAGACGGCCUACCACUUCUUCUUCGACGCGGAGCGCAAGGCGGCGCUCGAUGCCGCGCCGGACCGAGAAAAGGUCGACAACAACAUGCUGUCGAGGCAGUUAGGCACGAUCGCGGCGUCCCGUCGUGUGGAGGUGCCUUCACUUCUUCAAUACGACUCGUCUCCAGGAAUGAUGGAAGUGGGUGGUUUUUUGAGAGAUUUUGAGCCGGUUCGGACCGCGUCGAGACCGCGAUUCGCGCAGGCCAGCGCUGGAAGGCCAUGGACGCCAACGCGCGUAGAAGGUGGGACGAGCUCGCCAAGGGCGCGAAGGAAGAUUAUGAUGAGGCCGUCCGGUUGUUCGAGGCGCAAGGGGGACGGAUGCACGACGUCACGCCCACGAAACCGUCCGAUCUCCGCGUUUUGAGGUGCUGCGGUGCCUUCACUUCACUGAUACGACUCGUAUCUAACACACGAUCCCGUGGGUGGUUUUGUUUCCGAUUUUGAUGCUCCGCGCAGGUUAUCGGCCUACAUGCUCUACUUCCGGGCCAAGCACCAAGCGCAAAAACCCGACGAGAAGGUCACGGACUUUGCCAAGGUCACCGGUGCGGAAUGGAAGGCCCUGUCGGAUCAGGACAAACAACCUUUUCAUGAAAGCGCAAAGAAGCAGCGGGAUCUCUACGAUAACCAAGUUGCUUUUUGUGCCAAGUCUUGUGACCAGUUGAUCGGGGAGAAGUUCCUGGAUGGGCGGCCGAGCGUGAUGGCCUUCGCUAGAGUAGCUUUAUUUGAUGCUGGAACUGCUCAAGAAAACGCGGACGAGGCGCGAGCCGCCUACCACGUCGUCUAUGACGACCAAUCGCGGGGCCAAGAGACUUUGAGCUUGGGAGAACUGAAAGCAAGGGUGUGUGGUGAUGAAAGGGCGGCCAAGCGAGCGGCAGCUAGGGUCGACGCCGCGCAGAAGAAGCGGAAGGCCAUGCCACCGCCGCCCAUGUAUCAGGUACCAGUAGACAAGAAGCCCAAGAUUACAAAAAAGCCGCCGCCGCCGCCGGACGACGAGCCGGAGCCGUUUACGGACAACGAGAUACUUAACGUGUUGCGGCUGACGCGGCGCGUGGCCGCCGGCGCCAAUGUCGGCAAUCUCAAGAAGCUGUGUGCGGCGGCGGGCCUGGCCAACGUCGGUAGCAAAGCUCAAUUAGCUUCUAGAUUGGAGCGGUUCCUGCGCGAGAAGAACUUCGAGGCGCACCCCUUCAUCCCGUCGCACGCCGACAACUUGCUGCCCUUCGCGGAGUUCGACGCGAAGUACCAGGCCAUGACCGUGCUCGAGAUCUCGGCCGUCGAGAAGGUCGUCGCGGGGCUCCUCUGAUAGGCGUAAGCACACUUGAACAUUAC